AUGUCCGGUAGGGGUCAUGGUCGGGGUAGAGGGGUAGCGGCGCCCCCAGGGAGCAAAAGGGAAGUAAAAGCCAGUUCCGCUCUUGCUGAGCCACAGGAGAACGGCACCGCGACGGCACAGUCGCAGUUGCAGUAUCUGCAGGCUCGUCGUGAAGCUAUAGAGAGGCAGUUAGAGGGGCUGGAUGUUUGCGUAUACGACCUUGAGACUACCUAUCUUCGGCACUAUGUAGAGCUCGGGGGCUGCCUUUUUGAUGGUUUUGGCCUGGAGCGGCAGCAACUGUGGUGUACCGCAACUGCAACUGCCACUGCAACCUCGACUUCUGCUAGCACUACCGCCAGCAGCUCAUCGUUGGGUACGGCUCUCGAUGCCAGAGUUGCCGCUUAUCGCGAGCGGUUGCACCGCUUCACGCCCAGUGAUCGAAUCUUUACCGCAUCAUCCGUUGGGGCUCUAGGGACUGUUGAGCGGGUGAAAACUCUUGAAGCCGCUCAGGAGGAGGCAGAGGCAACGAAGCGCACGCGUAAGCGGGCACGUGGGAAGGGAUAA